AAGCAGAAAGGCUUGAUUUUCAAUUUGCAACCCUUCGUCACCGGUUAGAAUGGCGGCUCGUCUAUUGGCUGCUGCGCUGCCGUGCGCUUUGGCUCUUCCAGGCUUGGUGAAGCCUCAGUCUUUGCCUUCUUCGGUCACGUGCGGCGAGGACAGCGUGAAGGCGGCGACCGGCAUGGUCGUCCGGCACGUCAACCGACAUCACAAGCACGGCUUCAAGUUGCGGCUGCACGAGGUGCAGGGCAGCAAAUACCGGCAGGUCUCGGGAGGUUGCCAUAUUGACAUCAACGUGAAGCUGCUGCAGACCAAAUGUCACUUCAGCAACCCCAAGCUGUGCGAGCUGUGGCGGCAGAAUGAGCGGGGCGCGGUGGCCAUCUGCAGCGUGGAGUUUUGGGUCAUGUGGGGCGCGGCCAAAGUCACCCGCCACGAAUGCACCACCCGACCAGAGCCGUCCGACGAGGAGCUGUUGCUGAUUUGUCCGUCGUGCCCCAAGCUGUUGCCUCUGGAUGACCCGACGGGCGUCGGCGCCGUGCGGGACGCGGUGCUCAAGUUCAACCGGGAGAGUGAGCGGCCCAAUUACUUCGCCUUGCUGGAAGUGGCUCGGCUCACGAGUGUGGUGAAGAUCCUUUGUCGAGUGUUUGUUUGGAUUGGCGCCUGGUGUCCGCCUUCCUUCUAA